AUGGCUUCUCAACAAUUCAUGCUUCGAAUUGGAGCAGUUGUAUCGUUAUGUUCGACCGUGGCAUAUGCCGUUGACGCUUACUUCCCAAAGUACUACCAUCUCGGCGCCGAACCAACUAUUGACGGGCUGCAAUCCUACGAUAGAAGCUCAGUUACAUUGGAUGAACAUAACUCCGUCUUGACUCUCGAUUAUACCACCGAGGUUGGGGGUUGGCCCUGGGUCGAACUUGAAAGCCCGAGCUCUCCAGUGCAGAUUCAACUCAAGUAUUCUGAGCCAUUUGACGGCCUGGAACUUCCGCAAGGGGAUGGACCUUGGCUAUACUGCAACGGUCUCAUGAACUCUUUCCGUACUGAAACCUUCAACAUCACGGAUUCAGGAACGACCCAAUCCUUCUUCCUUCAAGGGGGCCUUCGUUGGCAAUCCAUCACUCUCAUUGGAAACACUCCCAUCACCAUUCGCAAUAUCGGCAUCAAACCCUCUGUCACCAUUUCCGACCCGGCAACACUCCCAGGUAGUUUCUCUACCUCCAACGAUAUGUAUGAGCAAGUGUGGAGCCUGGGCGCCCGCGCAGUCGAAGCAGCCUGUGUUGAUGCAGGCUCACAGCCUUCAACCUGGGAGAUCUCCGAUGAAGGCGCUCUUAUCAGAGGGCAAUAUCCGGCCGUAUCCGCGCUUGCGAGCAGUUUUGCUAACUACACCCUGGAGUUCAGCACAAAGAUUACUGCUGGCGGUACGGGUUGGCGCGUUGCUGGUGGUGCCAAUGGUGGUUAUGGAGCUUACUUCGUAUUGACAUCCAAUAAGGAGGGGCUGGAAAGUAGUAACAUUACAUCACUUGCUCAGAACAGUUUGAUUGCCGGGUAUGGCUUCACUCUGAUCGACCAGGCGAUUCUGCCAUCUGCACCAUCCGAAACGUAUCCCGUUUCGACCGUCAUUAAAGAAAACGAAUGGUACUCCAUCAAGACUGUGAUCAACGCAACUGGAUAUGCUAUCUCUGUCAACGGUCAGGAUAUUGCUUUCGUCGGCAACUCAAACUUUGAAAGCUAUAUCAACGGCGCUUGGGGCUCUGGCAGCUUGACCGAAGGCAACUUUGGAUUCGGUCCCUAUCUGAACCAGCAGGCAUGGUACAAAGAUGUCAAAGUCACCGCACAAAACGGCACUGUCAUUUACCAGCAACCUUUCACAUCCACCGACAUUCUCCAGGAAUAUGCUGUCGCCAGCAACGAGUACGCCGUCUGUCUUGAUGGAGCGAAACGCGACCGGGAAGUCUGGAUCGGCGACUUCGCUCACACUGGCCGCAUGAUCGCGGCAAGCAGCGGCCGGUAUGACUACAUCAAGAGUAUGAUUGAGUUCGAGUUCGAUUGGCAGUACCCACCUGGCCCUGCGCACGGUCUGGUCCCGAUCCAGGCAUACAUGGGAGCAGGUGCAGACUAUCGCGAAGUGUACUAUCCUUCGGAAUUUGGUGAGACAGACUACCAAUUCUUCUUUCUUCUAGUCUUGAGUGACUAUUUUGCUUUGACCGGCGAUAAGGACACUCUCAGCAAAAAUUGGGAUGGUCUCAAGCUAUUGGUCCAGACAUUGGUUGAUCGAUACUAUGAUCAGGGGUCCGGUCUCAUGGCCAGUGCCGAUGCCUCGUGGUUCUCUGCGCAAGGCAGUCAGAAUGCCACUGCACCGACUGCUCUCUUUGUCGUCGCUCUGAACCAGCUAUUUGAGGUUGCAACCGCUCUCGGGGACUCGGAUACCGCAUCAACCUGGAGCCAAUUGUCCACCAACAUUACCACCGCUAUCAAUGAUUCCCUCUGGAACGAAAACAUAGGCGCAUACAGCCUAUCGCUGGCACAGCCAGACGACACCGCAAUAAUGGCUACUGCGUUCACUAUCCGUGCUGGAAUCGCAUCUUCCGACCGUGUCACUAGCAGCAUCGCCCGACUCUCCGACGUUUUUCUGGCCAUAGGCUACAAGGACAGUUCCGCCGCUUCCAACUCCGCCAGUACUCAGUUAUCCCCAAAUACUCAAGGUUUCCUCCUCGAAUCCCUCUUUCUCGCGUACACAAAGUACAACGUCUCCGUGGAUGUUGUAAUCCCAGCCAUUCAAAACCUAUCUGAAGUCUUCUGGCCUAAAAUGGUUACCCAAAAUGAGUACUUCACUGGCGCGAGCUGGGAGUAUCUCUACCAAGAUGGUAGCCCAGGUAUUGGAAUCUUCACCAGUUUGAGCCAUCCUUGGGGAGGUGCACCGACCUACAUCUUUAGUAAUUAUAUCCUUGGUGUAAGGACGGAGUGGAAUGCCCAGGUCAAGAGCUAUGAAUGGGUGUUCGCCCCGGCUUGGGACAUUGCCGAGGGCCUUGGUCUUGGGUGGGCCAGGGGCAGGGUGCCUUUGUCUACUGGUGGUUAUAUUGAGGCGGAGUGGAAUACUACAUCUAAGGGUGAGAAGCCUACGAUGUCUGCGACAGUGGUUGGAAAUGGCAAUGUCAAAAUCAAUGUAAUUGAGAGGCUCUAG